CAUUACGACUCCAUUCUUGCACCCCAUCGGCUUCAAGGACCACACUGACAGGGCCGAGGGUCAACUUAAGCAGUCCAUGUGUUUCAGAAGGAUGGAGGAGAAGUUUGUUAGCCGGGAGUAUGAAACCAUCACAGAGUUUGUGGCAGACUUAAGGCUGAUGUUAGAGAACUGCUACAGGCACCAUGGGGUCGACCACUGGAUUUCUAAACAGGCGCAGAAAUUGGAAAUUAUGCUUGAGCAGAAGUUGACACUGCUGUCAAGGACGCUGCGAGAGAAGACCACUCUGGCGGUGACCUCCAAGGGUCGUUUCGGGACCGAGGAUGAGAGGGGGCCUGUGGGCACCUCAACCAGACGGAGGUCCGUGCCUCGCAGCCUGGCAACUAUAACAGUGGGGGGAAAUGAGUCCAUCAUGAUCCAGGCACUCAGGCUGGAGGAGCAGCAGAAAGCCAAGGAAGAGAAGAGGCAGCGGGAGCUGGAGAAGAAGGAGGCGGAGGAAACCUCAGCCAAGGAUGUAGAGGAGUGGGAGCGCAGUCUUCUCUCCCAGGUGGCCCAGAAUCCCGUGAAAACCUUGUGGGAACUGCCUGCCAUCGGCCACUUCCUCUGCCUGGCCCAGGCAGCUCUCAACCUCCCAGAGAUAGUGUUCUUUGAGCUGGAGCGGUGCCUCCUCAUGCCUCGCUGCAGCAUCUUCCUCUCCAAGAUCAUGAGUUCACUUCUCUGCCCGCCCCAGAGGAGAGGGACGGUCCACCGCCGCCCAGCCCUCACAUACCGCCGCUGGGAGUCCGAGCUGCGUCAGAGGGUGCAGGGCUGGUACUAUGCUAUGGGUACGGCGGAGGAUCAGGGUUGGAUGGCUGAGCAGCUCGGCCUCUCCCAUCAGUUCUUCAGGACGGCCGGGGAGGUUAGCCCCCUGGAGGAGAACCCCUUCCAUCUCUUACCCUUCAUUCAGCGUGUGUGGCUGCUCAAAGGCCUGUGUGACAAUGUGUAUGAGACCCAGAAGGAUGUGCAGGACGCUGUGCUGGGCCAGCCCAUCCACGAGUGCCGCGAGUCCAUCCUGGGCUAUGACGGGAAUGAGAACGCCUAUAUCCACUUCCCGCACUUCUGCGGGGCGGACCUGCGUAUCUACUGCCAGAGUGCCAGCAUGCCCCCUGACUUCCCCUUUCCAGCUGUCUGGGUCAGGCGGGUGGAGCCUGAUGAGGGAAUAUCAGAGGAGUCAGACGAGCAGAAGGACUCUGAGCAUCUGGUUUCCAUGGAGACGGAGGACUAUGAGGAGAAACCUAGUUCUGACAGAAUGAGUGGUGGUAGGAUUAAAGGGGAGAAUGGGGGCACAAGCAGGGGUGGGCAGUUUCACACGUGGGGAAUGAAGGAGGAGGAUGAGGAUGUUUCUGUAGAGGAUGGCGAUAAGGAGGACUAUAAGCCUAAACAGAACAGACACACUGGCUCUUCUACUCCCUCCUCACAUAUCAAGGACUUUGUGGGCAGAGGGUGUGUGAAGAAAAAGCCACAGGAAGUGGAAUAUAUGCCUGAUAGACUCCAGGUGAAACAGCAAGAGGGGUCGUACUCAUCCUCCUCUGGGUCAUCCUCAGAGUCAUGUGAGAAGCGUCUCAGUGUGCGGGAACACAGCUAUACGGAGAAGUCCCCUGCUCGCCCUGGUGAGAUAACAGGUAGGCCUAGUGUGGCUGUACCAAUGAGACAGACUGAUGUUAAAGUCGACGGGGACAAAUACACUGAGGGGCUGAGGCCAUGUCCAAGAUGUGUCUCCAAAAUGGGGGCAAAGUCAGAGGACAAUCAUCGCUGCCGUUGUGCCAAGAACAAGGCAUCAACAACCUCAGCUACUGAGGGUGGCCACCCCCGCAAGAUGAACUUGACAGAGGAUAAGAUGGACAGGAUUCGGGCAAAGAAAAAGAAAAGGCAAAAAAAGAGGGAGGUACGUGCAACAGGUGGACAGCGCAGACCAGACAGGACCCGACUCUGCAAGGCCAAAGCAGCUAAAUCCACCCUCCAGAGAGCUGCUACCAACAUCAAGAAAAAGGACAAGAGAAAAAAACGCAAAAUGAGAAAAAAGCUGUCUUCAAAGAAGAAACCUCAACUCCCAGUUGAACAUGGAUUUAGGUUGGUGUGCACCAGUCUAGAGGAGCUGAGGGAACUCAUCAGUAGGACGGAGGAUGAGCUGGAUGAGCUGGAGAGCACCAAAAAGAGAUCUGUUAGUAAAGAAAGGUGGUAUUUCAGGAGAGAAGCAGUGAAAGAUUUGCACAUCACUCUCAUAAGACUGCUCAACGAGCUCUCCCCAUGGGAACCCAAACUGGUCAAGGCUUUCCAUAGGAACAGGCUACGUUUAAAAAAGGAUUAUGAUGACUUCAAAAAGCACCCUGACUAUGACAACUUUGUCAGAGAGGAGUGGGUGGCAGAGGAUGUGGACAGAAGCGCAGGUGACAACACUAGACUGACUGAAGAGGAGGAACAGCAACAGCAGGACCAGACAGUUCAGAGAAUUCUGUGGACAGGAGAGGACUCGGUGCAGCUUAGAGCAGAGGCAUUGAGAGGCAGCUUCACCGUGGUAACCAGACAAGAGAUGUUGACCUUGAAUGAGCAUAGACCUUCCACUCGGGGCUUUAAGCGCCUGCACAGCGGUAUAGACGAGGACCCAAGUCUCAUUAAGAGAGGCAGGAUUGGCAGUAACGAGAUGACACCUUCUCCUGAAGGAUCAGAAAUGGAAAAACGACCCAGGGAAGCAAAUCCAGCAGCACAGCAGGCUGGAGAGACAAGCCCAGUUGUUGUAACACCUAUGGCUGGUUUCCAAAGGGCCUACAAGCCUGUUCAACUACAUACCCUGCUGGCUAAGAGUGUAGGGAAUAAAGUGACCUUAAUUCAUCAUCAGCCUGGUACAGGUGUUAUCAGCCAUGUUGGUCAGGCACAAAGCAAGGACUGUGCUUCUUCCAUGCAAGCUACCAAACUUCAACCUUCUUUACCGCAAAGCUCUCGACACCUACCACAACCAACAACACCAACAUCUAAACACUCACAGACGGUCCAUACCACGCCCAUACCAAAGAGCCCCAUACAGGUUGUAUACAAGAUACCUGAGGGCAUGGGUCUGGUCAGGAAAGAUGGGAGCCCUGUGAAAAUCGAAGUACAGCCAAUCCUGGACCAGAAAACAGGGAAUAAGAUAAUGCAACGAGUGGUCAUCCUGCCAUCGAACUUGCUCAUUCAAAAGUCGGAGGAUAAAAGUCUCCCCCAGCAACUAAGGACUCUCCAGGUCCCAGCCUCCAAAGAGUCCACCCCACUGUCACAAAGCUCUGGAUUCACCAUGCCUCAACGUCAUGACAACCGGAGCCUAACACCCUCUCCUACCAUCUCUCCUAGGUUGCAGACAUCUCUAACUCCAGGUUACAAGGUUGUCCAACUCCCUUGUUGCAAAGCAAGUAGCACUCCCCAAAUUGUUAUACCAAAUAGAUCCAACCCCACCAGUGCAGCGUCUACUGAUCCCAGUAAACCUCCGGACCGCAAACAAGAGCUGAAGACUGUGUGCAUCAGGGACUCGCAGUCCAUUCUAGUCACCACUAGGGGGGGCAACACUGGCGUUGUCAAGGUGCAGUCAUCUGACCAGAGUAUACCUGGUUCGAUACGUGCCAGGCCUGUCAUCACCAUCUCUCCACAAUUCAAAGCCUUCCUCGUGUCCAAGACGUUUCCACCUGCUGCCACUACAGUCCCUGUAGUCACCAGCUCACCUGUAGCCCAGUCGCGAUCAGGACCUUCACUGUUACGGUCUUCAACUGUCACAAGUUCAACAACUACACGCCAGUCUCCGAUCACUGCUGGCAUUCCAAUGGCCACAAGUCAGACGGCGAGUUCUGAUGUUAACGUUGCUGUAAACCAGGGCUGCACUGUCUCAUCUACACUUGCUGUUAACGCACAGCUACUUAAAAGCAUUGUCACUGUACCUGGUAAACCAGCAGGUGCCGCCCAGACGUCUCUGGUCCAGUGUGUCAACAAACCUGUUCUGAAAAGGGUAGGUCCAGAUGACAAGGGUAGGUCCCCCCCAUUCACAAAGUUCAUCCUGGUCUCUCCCUCCUCGAACAUCACGUCUGUGGCUGCAACCAAAGUCACUUCCACCACGGCUCCCUCUGCUCUUCCAGGUCAAAGUUUCAUGUUUAUCAGCCAAUCACCAUCUACCGGUAAUCCAAAACCGGCAUCAUCAGUGUCUGGACCCACCACACAAUCCCCGACCAUGUCGAUACCCACCGAAGCGAUGAAGAUCGGACUCAACCUUGGUCGAGCUAUUGGCAGCGCGAACUUCGGAGCUUUGAAUAAGGUCCAGAGCAUCAAUCUGCUACCAGGUUCUCAGAUAAGGCUACCACAGCAGGCAAACCUUUGCAGGCCAGUUAGUGCACUCGCGCAAUCUACUUUAAAAAACACAUUUGUAUCUGCCUCAAAGUCGGGCCUUCUCGCAACCACAUCGUCUCAUAUUGUCACUAGCACUGCACAUUUGCCGUCCUCCACACUGCUGACUGGAUCUCAACUACAAGGCAUCCCUUCAUCCUCUGUGAUCCCCAAUCGAAUCAAGGUAGCUGGGCAGCCAGGGUCUUCUAUAAUCAGAGGUUUGAUCUCCAGCAACACACCUGUGUCAGUCACUACACCGCUAAGCCCUGUCAAAACAUCCCCCCUCACAUCCCCGGCGCAGGUUUCUCAGUCUCAGUACUCUGUCGGUGUCGCCACACCUGCUCAGAUGCUAAGCACUCCACAGUCUCCAACUACCCCUAUAUCCACUCAUCUGUCCUCUCCAGUACAGCCAGCUGGUAAUACCAAUCCUGUCUCCAGCACCACCACCACCACUUUGCAACAAAAGAUUGUCAUCAACACCACUGCUGCUCUUGCAGGCGGCACGCAGAUUCUCCUCAACAACACCCGUUUUGUUGUUCCUCCUGAAGGCCUUGGGCCUGGUCAGCAUGUCCUCAUAAUCUCCAGCCCUGCAGUGCCUGUGGUAGCUCCUAGUCCCAGGGGAGCGAUCCCAACCACCGGUGUACCACAAGGGCCAAUGUUACCUGGGCUAGCCCUACCUGCACAAAGCCCCAGAAUGGCCAGACCACCCGGGACACACCGGCCUCAACAAGCAGUACUUAGAUCCCCAACCCUGGCAGCACCAUCCACUGUGAAAGUUGGACCCUCUAUCCCUGUCUCUUUCACUGUCCCUCGCCAGAUGGUGGCUGUUCGAGCCUCACUAUCGCCCACCAGCACCACCACCAACAGUUCUCCACAAGUUUCACACUGGCUCCCUGCUCCGGCCACCAUACACACUCAUGUGGUUGCAGCUUCACAUUUAACUCAACCCGAAGGGAUGGGCGGCUUCUCACUCUCUUCCCUGCCAGGAAGUCCCAGCGCAGCUCAAAUGGCAGGACUUGCACAGAGCCCAUCAAAACAGCUCCCUUUGCACACAGCACUUGGUGUCAACACACCACUCAAAGCACAGCAGCUAAUGUCAUUCAUGCAACCUAUGGGAGUGGUCUCCAGGUCCAGGACACAGGUGCUGCCGGCGGUAGCUGUUCGCCCAGUAGGGAGCACUGUCUCCAGGAUGCGGACUCUACCCGUGGCAACCAUACCAUCCAUCAGGAGUGCUUUCAGUAGCAAACAGGCGUCUCCUGUGGCAACUGUGCCUCCAUCCAACUGCACUAUAAUCAUGGCACCAGCACAACCUAUCAGGACGGUGAUGUCGGCAGAGACCAUCCGCAUGCCCACUGUUUUAUCCAAUCCUCAGCAGCAGCAAAUACUGGGGUUGGGCAAGCCCCCUUUGCAGCCUUUACAGGCGCAUGCAUCAGCAGUGCAAAGAACCAGCCCCACCACCAAGCUACUAGUGAGUCCUGAUGGUGCUGUUUUAAAUGUGGCUAGAGGCCCUACCACCAUCACAGGCCUGCCAGAGAUGGCUAACAAGUCUUUGGCUGCGUUGAUUGUUACUCCUAACUCCACUGGGAGAGUGCCGUUGCCUAGCGCAAAUACUGCCAAUCCCUUCAUGCCUACACAGGCUGAGUGAAGUGGACCUAUCAAAUGAAAGACUGCGAUUGAAAGCCAGUACCAGUGUCUGUGAUGAAGCAGACACAUAUUCCAGCUAACUUUGUGUUCUGGACCGCUUUAGAACAUUCUAGAAUGGUUUUUGGUAGAAAGCGGGGGGUUGGUUGAGAAACUGCCUGGUUGAGCUGCAUUCUUACUUUGCAUACCUGAGUGUGUUUUAAGCGAUGCUAGAUAAACUCUAUAGUUGGAUCAGUUUGCUCAAAUAUAGGUGGAAAUGUAUUUGUGAUGGUUUUCUAUUUCUUUAAGCUAACAGCAUUUUGGGGUUGCCUUCUCACAAAGUUUAAAUGUGAAUUUGGACAUUUUUAGUUUUUUAAAAACCUUUUCAAGGCCAGUAAUAAAUAUGUUGUAAAUUGCUAGGAUUGCAGGGUAGAGCAAAUGGAUUUGAAUGUGAUGGUAAUACUUUUCAUUGACAUUGAAUAUAAUUCUGAAAUGAUAUCCAUUUAAUUCCUUAGAUUGGAACAACCCUUGUUUUAUUCUGUCUCCCAGACUCUUAGGACUUUCCCUCAGACCUAUUGUAGUAUGUUCUUCAGAUGUGUGUUGCCUACUCAAGAGGCAGGUCAGUGUCCAAAUGUAAUUACAUUGGUUCUCUUCUAUUUCCAGCAACUAUUUGGGGAAAAAAUAGCAUUUUACAUGAUUGAAGUGCAACUUCUAAAUGAUUUGUCGGAGCCAAUAUAAAACAUUUUGGAUGUUAUAUUUAUUUAUUUUUCCUAUCAUAGAUUUCUCAAAAUAUUUAGUGGGUACAUUGUCAUUGGAUAACUAUGGACAUUUCUGCAUGGAAAUAAAUGGUGCGACUGUCCUCCAUAAGA